CCCACAAGGGCCCGCUAACAGAAGAAAGCUAAAGACUGGAAAAUUGGGGGAUUCGCAAAAGGAAGUCAAACUUUUUCAAAAAAAAACGAGAGCCUGAGAGGAUAGAAAACAGGAAAGAAUGAAACGGCUCCCACCUGACCACUGAGACGGAGUCUGCUGUGGCCUGGAAGCAAAGAAGACAAACCGAGUGAGUGUUUGGAGAAUUUGCAGAACUCCAGCACCGGAGAAAAAGUUUCCCCGCAACUUUUUGGAUUGAAUUCAACUUUGGCUAAAGAGACUGAGGAAGUGGUAGGAAGAAAACCUGACCCAUCGUCAUGAGGAUCCUCAACAAGCACCUUCGCCUUCAGGACGUCACCAUCAUGUACUUCACCGCCCUGGCUGCUCUGAUGGUCAUCUUGGUGGCUUCGUACCAGGCGCCCGCCAACGUCGUCAAAGUGUCCAGCCUGAAGCCGGACACCUCCAGCCCUCUGCCACCUCUCCCCAUGCCUUUCCGAGUUCCCCUGGACCCACGGAGGGAGCUCCAGCUGGCCUGGAACAUCAGCUACGCCACCCAGGAGAUCUACAUGGAGCUGAGGGUGGCGAAGCUGAGGCACGGCGUCGUCCUGGGGAUGUCCGACCGCGGCGAGCUCAACAACGCCGACCUGGUGGUGCUGUGGGAAUCCGGGAACGAGAGCUACUUUGGGGAGGGAACCGUGCACGUCAUCUACGGCUUCCUGGAGCAGCGUCUUACCUCUCUGGAGCAGCUGAACCUGUCCCGGAUCCACACGGGGCUGCAGAGAGUCCUGAUGCUUCGUCCCGACACGCCGCCGCCCACGCUGCCUCCAGACGUGCAGACGAGGGAUGUGGUGGCACCGAAUGUCACCAUACCGAAUCAAGAGACCACCUACUGGUGCUUCAUCCACAGGCUGCCUGAAACUAUGACCAAGAACCACAUUGUUAUGUACGAGUCGGUGAUAACUCCAGGUAACGAGGCCAUCGUGCACCACAUGGAAGUCUUCGAAUGUUCUCCGGACAUCCCCGAGGUUCCGGACUACAGCGGCCCCUGUGACGACAAGAUGAAGCCGGGAAAGCUCAACUUCUGCCGCCAUGUGCUGGCCGCGUGGGCCAUGGGGGCCGAGGCUUUUUACUACCCUCCGGACGCCGGGCUGCCAAUUGGUGGACCAGGUUCCUCAAGGUUCCUUCGUCUGGAGGUCCACUACCACAACCCUCUCCUUAUAUCUGGCCGGCGUGACUCAUCGGGGAUACGACUGCACUACACCCCCAGUCUGAGGCAUUACGACGGAGGGAUCAUGGAGCUGGGCCUCGUUUACACUCCCAUCAUGGCCGUCCCACCCAAACAACACGCCUUCUACCUCAGUGGUUACUGCACGUCCAAGUGCACCGAGACUGCUUUGCCUCCAGAAGGGAUCUUCAUAUUUGCAUCCCAGCUGCACACUCACCUGGCGGGCCGAGGGGUGAGGACAGUUUUGGUGAGGGGAGGCAAAGAGCUGGAGAUCGUACAGGAGGACCAGCACUUCAGUACGCACUACCAGACAAUCCGAGUUCUGAGGAAAAUGGUGAACGUUUUACCUGGUGACGCCCUCAUAACAAAGUGUACUUACAAUACAGAAGAUAGGAGGCAGCCCACAGUGGGAGGUUUCGGCAUCAUGGAGGAAAUGUGUGUCAACUACAUCCACUACUAUCCUCGCACCCAGCUGGAGCUGUGCAAGAGCCACGUUGACCCAGGAUACCUGCAGAAGUACUUUAACUUCAUUAACAGGUUCCAGGGAAAUGACCGGUGUGUGUGCGGCGAGGUGAGCGUGACGGAGCAGUAUUCUCAGCUACAGUGGGAUGCGUUCAGCGGAGAAGUGCUGGACUCCCUUUACAACACAGCUCCCAUCUCCAUGCACUGCAAUCAGUCCACCGCACGCCUCUUUCCUGGGGACUGGGACAAGCAGCCGCUACCAGCGGUGACCUCCAUCCUUGAGAAGCCUCGCUACCCCUGUGAAGGAGCUGCUCUUCCCACCAGUCGACCCCCGACAGCCCCAGUGUGAGCAGGAGCCUCCAGGGAUGUUUCAGCCUGAGGAGAGCAAACCUACAUGUGGAAAGUUCAAGAAGCUCCUGUGAAUUUGCAGAAUUUUUAUCUCUGGCUAGACGCUGUAGUUAUACACUGUCUGUGUUCUGUUCAGUGCAUAAGAGUUAGAGUAAAAACAGUGUGUUGUGUUUUAAAUCACCAUUUCUGAAAUUAAAAUUAAAUAAAAUACA